AUGAACCCCCACCAGAAGAACAAGGUCGACAUCAAGUCCCUCUCUCCCGAGGAGCAGCGCCUCUUCCGGCUCUACGGCAAGCUCCCCUCCAAGAGUGACCACUUUGCCAAGCAUCUCAAGGAGCGCAAGUACUUUGACAGCGGCGACUAUGCCAUGUCCAAGGCCGGCAAGGGCGACAGCGUCGACGCCGCCACCGUCGGUUCCCAGCACCCCGUUCCCGAGAACAUCCCCCACGCCUCCUCCCCGCAGCAAGGCGGCCAGCACAACGGCGCCGGCAGCACCCCGAACCUGCACCACCCAUCUCUGCACGGCGGGCCCGGCGCGGGUCAGAUCAACAGCGGCAGCCCUGUCAAAGAGAGCAGCUUCCUUCAGCGCGAGACGAGCGUCGACGAUGACAACUCCACGGGAGACGACGCUGCCAAUGCACAGGCUGUUGGUGCAAAUGCGUCAGCAGUAGUCGACGCCCAGUCGGGCCUGCCGAUUCGUAGCUAA